UAUAUCAUCACUGCUGCUUCUGGCAAAAUUGCAUGCUAGUAGAAUUGGAUGGGACUUUAUGAAUAAAUAUUAGGAAGAGUGUUGAAGGAGAUAUGAAACUAGAACCAGAAAGAAUAAAAGAAUAUAGAUAAUCAGCUGGGUUUAGGAACUUACAAGAAUUUUUGUCUGUCAAUAAGUUGUGAAGUUGCCAUGUCAGAAACUGGAGUCCUUCUGCAGAGAUUCCUCCAGGGACAUCCCACAGUAUUUGGGGCACUCCUGUUGAUGAUUGGGCUCUUCCAAUCAGCCUUUGGAGUCAUCUUAUUCCUGUCCCCUUGUGCUUAUAGAGAUGAGCUGGGCACGCAUUUCAGUUCAGCUGCAGUGCUGAUUCUGGCAGGCAUACUCACCCUUGCUGCAGACAAAGCCAAAAGCCUGAACUUGGUGAAAGCUUGCCUUGUCAUCUACGUUAUCUGCAUAGUGGUAGUGGCUGUGGUCAACAUUUUCUAUUUGAUUGAUUUAUUCUACAAUCCCCGUAUCCAGUACAUUCGAUGCGAUCCUCGGGAUGAUUUUUGUCAACUGCGGCAUCAGAUUGCAGCCUGUUGCACGGCCAUGCGUGGCAUUGUCCUAGUUUUAACUUCCUUGGGAUUCUUUGUUUGCAUUUCCAUGGCAGCCUUUGGAUGCAAAGCAGUGUGUCGCCAAAACACAUCUGUGGAUUAGAAGGCCAUUGUUGUUUCAAAGCAUUUUCCUAGUUCUAGUAAGGUCAGCCGAAUAUCUGAAGGGAUUUACUGUCAAAACUUCAAGGUCCACCGCAGGGUUUCCCAAACAGUGAGGUGAGCCUCCCUUGGAGGGAUGCAGAUGGAGUCCAGGGAAGGUGCGGAGAACCUUUAAGUUGAACAUUGUCACAAUAAAUUCACCUUACCCAAA